CGCAAGUGCUUGCCUUUAUGGAGAGGAUAUUGUCUACGCUGAAUACAAUUAAGGUUGUGCAACAAACGCACACACAGCUCUUGGCUGAACUGAAGACAAGUGCUGCAGAAGUAUGCCCAGAGAGCCACACGCUUCCCGAUCUGCCAUUUUCGACUGCAAGGGACAUGGUUGAUUGGGAUGCCGAACUUGGGGUCAACAAGGAAGCAAAGCUUCAAAUGAAGAGACACAUGGUUGUCCAAGGUGGCGACACCAUAAAGCAGAAGACUGCACGCAUCUUGAAAAGCAUCAUGUCUUGGGAUGUGGCAAAGCAAUUUAGUUGGUUUGGUGCAAAAGGAAAAAUGAAGUUUUGCGAGCUGAAUGUUUCCAAGCUACUGUGCACCUGCCUGAUAGAAAAUGUCAAGCAAAAUCUGGAGGAGGCUACGUUAAAAAAUGUAGAAAAGGCAGCCAUGUCUUGGUUCCGCCAUGCUGCAGAACGGGCAGCAGCAGGGCAACAAAGGCAACGACCACUGAGCAGAACAUCAGAACAGGACAACGAGGCCCUCAUUUGAGACAGUGCUCCAUAAUUUUUGCUGAACUUUACAAUAAAUACUUUUGG